CUCCAUUUUCAGCCUCCCGCAAGUCGUCUUGCGAGGUAGGGCAUGGCGGAGGUCGUGAUCCGUGGCAUUCGGUGAGACAAACAAGUACUUAAAGUUGCUUCACGGCCGGUCCAGAUUGCGCGUGUGCAAUGAUUCCAGUGCAUCUUCCCAGGCUUUAGUAGUGCUUCACAAUGAGUUCCCCGGAAGUACUAGUGAUUGCGCGUCUCCCAUUUCGCAGCAAGGAGUUGCGCGUGCAGGCCCAGGAGAAGACGGCGGCCAUCAUGAAGCACGUGCUCGACAACGAGCCAAGGGUGAAUAAAUACGCCGUCUGCGUGCCGGCGAGCGAAGACGACGGCAAGACGAUCUGGAUGAUUGAAGAAUACGCCGACCAAGCGGCCUUUGAUGCGCACAACGCGGCGGCAUGCGUCAAAGACAUCAUCGCGUGGCUCGGCGCCGCUUCGCCGUUUGGAGACGAGCCGCCUUCGGUGCGCCGACCGCAGUACGUGGGGGUGGAGUAUCGCUUCACCAACCCGGCCGUGUCGGGGCACAAGGAGCCGCAUGUGGUGAUUGCGGAUUCGGUCUACACGCCAGGCGGCGCGACUAAAGCAUUGCCUUCUUGGCAGGCUGUCAUCGGGGCCGCACAGAAGCAAGAACCGGGCACGCUGUCGUAUGGCCUGCUCCGGCAGGAGGGAGAGGAGGACACGCUGUCAACGUUGGAAGUGUAUGAGAGCAGUCGGUUCCGAGAGGUUCAUGACUCCAGUGAUGCAGUCGCGGCGCAUGUUCGGGAGACGAAGAGUCUGCGGACAGGCGUGGAGCAUCACGUGUUGAAAGUGGUGGAUGGCUUUUUCCAUCGCCCGGGAUAAGAAGAGACUCGCGGCAUCGAUUAGCCAUGCCGAUGAACCAAGGCGACUUGGACUGUUCGUGACUCCACGUAUUCCUUCUUUGCUUGCACCUGUAUUCGAGUGUAUAUAAAUUGAUUGGAAGAGAUGAAUUGAUGUCUCGACACCAGCGAGGCUGCGCUGCAAGCCGCACGUGCCAGUCUAUUCUUAGCCGUCAGGGUCCAGCUGCCCAAAACAGCAGAAACACCAAGCAACAUCGAC